AUGUCUUCUUACAGCUCCCAUAUGUACACCAACACACUUCCCAUGCCCGUCCCCGGCAAGGAUGAGUAUGCUGGCUACUAUCAUGGCUACCAUAGCGGGAACAGUGUCUACUCGGUGUCUCCGCCCGAGUCAGAGAACGUGAGCUCCGCCUCUGGAAGCGCCUCAUACGGCGUCCAGCCCGGCUAUUCCACUACCGCAAGCUACGCUGGCAGCAUGCAGGGCGAUUAUGACAGCUCCAUGUCCGCAAGCGGUGUGGAUUUCAAUGACUACAUGCAAGAACGUUUUAACGACACGUUCAACCCCAUUCCGCUUGACAAGAACGUAGCGAUGCAGGCGCAAGCAUCUGGUCGCUUGAAUGACAAGCACCGUGAGCUCAUGGAGCUUCAGGCGAAGGCGCAGGCUCGUCUUUCCAAAGUUCGCACUCGGUUCGCCGACGGCAUGCGCGAUGCGCGCGAAGUACGCUCAGAUUUAGAGUGGUCGCAGAAGAAAUUGACGUAA